GCUGCUCUGACAUAUUCCACCUUUGGAUACUUCCUCAUUCUGCUCCGUGUUUCCCUCUACAGAGUGGUGACCCAGGUGGGCUGUGGGUAGGAGGUCGCCAUGAGUCAGGUGGCAGACAACCUCCGGGGCUUCCUGGCCAGGGUGGAGAGUGCUAAGUACAAGCUGGGUGAAGACCCCAUGGUAAAGGAAUUUCAGGAAAUUAGGAAUCGAUCUGCUGCUUUCAAGCAGGACAACAAUUACUUCACGGAGGCAGGGGGAAGCCAGGAGAACCUAAAGAAGAAUCGAUACAAAGACAUUCUUCCAUAUGAUCAGACGCGGGUUCCCAUCACAUUUCUCGCAGAAGAAGUUGGCUCAGACUAUAUUAAUGCAAGCUUCAUACAGGGUGUGGACAAUCAGCCCCGAUAUAUCGCCACACAGGGGCCACUGAGCCACACAGUGGGGGACUUUUGGAGAAUGAUUUGGCAGUACCAGGUUAAGGUUAUAGUAAUGGCGUGUCGAGAAGUGGAACACGGAAAGAAAAAAUGUGAACGCUACUGGCCGAUGGAUGAAGAACCGUUCCAGUACGGACCAUUCACAGUUAGCACGGUGGCGAAGGUCUUUGUGAAUACGGAGGUGGUCUUUAGGAACCUAAAGGUGGUAUAUCAGGAGGAAGUACGGGAGAUUGGUCACUUUCAGUAUAUCGCAUGGCCUGAUCGUGGGAUUCCAGACUCUUACUCCUGCUUCCUUGAGAUGAUCAAACUGGUGCGUCAACAUCAAGGACAGCACAGCGCCCCGAUCUGUGUGCACUGCAGUGCAGGAUGUGGACGGACCGGGGUGAUCUGUACCGUGGAAUACAUCCAAUGUUUACUACACAAACAGAAAGUGCCUAGUGACUUUAGUGUAUUUGAAGUUGUGAUGGAGAUGAGGCGCCAAAGACCAUCCGCCAUCCAGACAAAGGAGCAGUAUGAUUUCCUGUAUCACGCAGUUACUGAGAUGUUUGAAAAGCAACUGAAUGAUUUAAAUCAAAACUAUGAAAACCUGCAGCAGAAUAAAGUACCUUAUUAUGACGAUGUGGCACCUCAGCUGAAAAUUCCUCGUGCCCAGGCCCAGUACAGGAAGGAGCUCAGUUCAUGUAUGUCCCUCCCGCUGGGCAACUCAGACAUGAAUGAUACGUACGCAGUGGUGCAAAAGAGGUCUCAAGCUCAAACAGUCUCCUCUGGUCAUAAAAGUCUACCUAUCACCUCCGAGAACAAGAUGCCAACCUCAUCUCACCACCAGUAUGAUAAUGUCAGACGCACAAUGGUCUCUAAGCCUGCGGACCAGCUGUACAGCACUGUGGCUCAUAAACCCAACAGGACAUCCCACAGUCCAACCACAGUCUCGCCAGUCUCUGCCUCUUAUGUUUUAGCUGGCAUGCCAGGUCCUCCAGAGGCUACAUCUAAUUCUUAUAGUGAGGUCAACACUUCCAGUGCAGUCCCUAAAAAGACGCCAUCAUUCCAUAAUGCGAAGGGAGACAACAAAUGGAGCCAAAAUACACCAAAUACCUAUGCAGUAAUUCCGGACCGCAAAGAUCAGCUGUUCUCAAGGGCUACUUCUGUCUUGCUCAGGGUAGCCUCGAAAUGUUCACAAAGCGUCAUGCCUUUCAUGUGA